UCCGGAUUUGGGGAGGGCAGCAACUGGCCUCCCAAGGAUUGGAUGGAAGGUGGGGAGGCUGGGAGGGAUUGGUUCUGCUUUGUGUUUUGGCCAACACCGCCGAGCCUUUGGUUUGGACAGUCCAUUACCUGCUUUGAUUGCCCUGGGGCAUAAUCCACACUUACGUUGAUGCCUCAUGUACCGUACUCCGUUGGCUCUAUAUCCGUUGGGGGGUAUUGUAAAGUAUUGCUGUGCACGGCCAUUGGAAUAGACGCUUCUGGAACGAGACCAUUGAGAACUGGCUUUGAGAGACGUUUAUUUGGAUGGCAGAUGAGUCGCUGGGGAGACGGUACAUUUGCAACACGCAGAGAGAUCUGCGCCCGUGGAGGCGUUUUGCUUAGUUUCUCUCUGGUUGUUCUCACCGAUUUUGCUUUUGUUUUUCUUGUUCGAUUGAAAGCGUUUUGUGGCGCUACGAAAAACUGGCGUGGAGAAUAGAUUUUUCUUCGGAUACAUUAUGAAAUUCUGGCAAGGGAGUGCGAUGAAAUAAAUGGAAAUGAGAUGGAAUGGUAUGUGACGAGAGUGAACCA